UGCUCGACUGACUCACAGCAGCAGUCUCCCCUCUAGCCCUCUCUUAGACCACAUCUCUCUCUCUCUCUUUCCACCUACGUGCUAGAAUCCCGGUUAUCAUGUCGACCAGAGCUGUGAAGACCACCAGCUACUCCGUCAGAUCCUCCACUUCGUCGGGGAUGGGCGGGGGCGGAGGGUACAGCAGCCGCUCCUUCUCCGGGGGGCACGGGGCCGGGGGAGCCAGGCAGAGCUACAGUGGCCACAGCGCCUACGGCGGGGCUGGGGGCAUGGGCGUGGGGGGGUACAAGGUGGUCGGGGGAUACGUGGCAGGAAGGUCUGCUCAGAGAGGGGGCGGGGUGGAGUUUGGGUGCAUGGGUGUGGGGGGUGGCAUGGGGAUGGGGGGUGGCAUGGGGAUGGGGAUGAUGAAUGGAGGCUGCCAGCCCCCCAUCACGGCUGUCACGGUCAACCAGAGCCUGCUGGCCCCCCUCAACCUGGAGAUCGACCCCUCCAUCCAGAUUGUCCGCACCCAGGAGAAAGAGCAGAUCAAGGGCCUCAACAACCGCUUCGCUUCCUUCAUCGAUAAGGUGCGCUUCCUGGAGCAGCAGAACAAGAUGCUGGAGACCAAGUGGAGCCUCCUGCAGGACCAGACCACCACACGCUCCAACAUCGAUGGCAUGUUCGAGGCCUACAUCGCAAACCUGCGCAGACAGCUCGACGGUCUGGGCAACGAGAAGAUGCGACUGGAGUCCGAUCUGCACAACAUGAAGGGGCUCGUGGAGGAUUUCAAGUGCAAGUAUGAAGAUGAGAUCAACAAGCGCAACGAGUGCGAAAAUAACUUUGUUAUAUUAAAAAAGGACACAGAUGCAGCCUACAUGAACAAGGUGGAGCUGGAGGCGAAGCUUGACUGUUUGUCGGAUGAGAUUGAGUUCCUCAGGCAGAUCUACGAAGCGGAGCUGCGUGAGCUGCAGAGCCAGAUCAAAGACACAUCGGUCGUGGUGGAGAUGGACAACAGCCGUAACCUGGACAUGGACUCCAUCGUGGCCGAGGUCCGGGCCCAGUAUGAGGACAUCGCCAACCGAAGCAGAGCCGAGGCCGAGACCUGGUACCAUGCCAAGUAUGAGGAGAUGCAGAUGUCAGCUGGCAAGUAUGGGGAUGACCUGAAAAACACAAAGGCCGAAAUCUCAGAAAUGAACCGUAAGAUCAUGAGAUACCAGUCUGAAAUUGACCAAAUGAAGAAUCAGCGUGCUAACCUGGAAAAUCAGAUUGCUGAGGCAGAGGAGCGUGGUGAGCUGGCUGUGAAGGAUGCCAGACUCCGUGUCAGGGACCUGGAGGCUGCCCUCCAGAGAGCCAAGCAGGACAUGGCCCGCCAGGUGCGCCAGUACCAGGAGCUGAUGAACGUCAAGCUGGCCCUGGACAUUGAAAUCGCCACCUACAGGAAGCUGCUGGAAGGAGAGGAGGAUAGACUGUCAUCUGGAAUCAAGACCAUCAAUGUCUCCAAACAGAGUUCCGUAAACUACAAUUCCUACCCAAAGGAGAGCACCCGCACCGCAUCCUACAACAGCUCUAGCUUUGGUGGAUUCAAAGCCAGCCCCUCCCAAUUAGUCCGCUGUAACUUUGAUGCAGUCAAAGUCAGCCCCCCCGAAAUAGUCAGCUGCACCUUUGAUACAGUCAAAGUCAGCCCCCCCGAAAUAGUCAGCAGUACCUUUGAUAACCACAAGGGGGAGUUGAAGAGCAGUGUGGCGAGCCCCAACAGCGUCACUGUCAGCAGCAGCAGCAGCACCACCACCGUCACCAAAACCACCAACGUUGUCAUCAAGACCCUGGAGGCCGAAGAGUCCGUGGGAGAGUUGGAGGCGCCUGAGAUAACACCUGACGCCGUGGAGGAGAAGGAAGAGGAGGAAGAUGCGGAGGACGAAGUGAAGGACGAGUGAAGUCGACGACGGAUCUCGCUCAAGGCUUUUCUCUCUCCAUUCAGUUUCUGCACGCUUCUCCUGUCAUAGGCAUUUUGUUACAGGAGUUACUUGACUCCAGAAUUGGCAACGUUUCAAUGAGCCUCUGUCUCUGUGUUGAAUCACUGCCUUUCAUAAACGUGCCUUUUAGAUUCCAUAUCAAACCUCGUACCCACCCUCCUAUCCUCCCCCUAACCCUAAAAAAGAUUGUGGUGGUGAGAAGUUUAGUAAUGUGUUUUCUGGUGUUUGUUACGAGGUUUUCCACUGUCAAUGUAGUCUCAUUCACUGUGGCGUACGUUUUCUGCUGUUUGUUUCUGCUGUAGCACCAACACAGACAAAACAUCAACACGAAUAAUUUGGAGUUGUUCCAUUAUGCAGUAUCUCUGUAAUGACAUCGAUGAGUUAGACCUACUGCACUUGAAAGUCUGAAAGCUGAAUGUCUGUGUAGCUAAUUCUGUGUGUCUCAAUUACAUCAAAAGAGCAUUUAUGGUCAACGCUGUCGGUGACUUUUUUCAGCAAUAAAACUACUUCAACACUUAAA